CCAGAAACCCUCCUCCACCCACCAAAUACCACCAACCCAUCUCUUAUUUUAUUUUUUUUCUUAUAUAUUUUUGGAUUAAUAUACAUAUAUAUACGCAUAUAACUAUAUAACCAUAUAUAUAGUCCAUAUUUGAUUUAUUAUUUUUAUAGUUAUAUUGUAUAUCCACUGCGGUAUGCUCUUUUGGGUUCUCAGAUUUGCUUGUUCUUGAGCAGCAGAAAGAUCUUAACCUGAGAAAAUGAGAGGUGGUGGUUUGUGGCAACUUGGUCAGUUAGUAACUCGCCGUCUUGCUCAGGCUGAAAAGAAGGCUGUUGCUCGCCGGUACUUUGCCUCAGAGGCUGACCUCAAAAAGACUGUUCUUUAUGAUUUCCAUGUUGCCAAUGGUGGGAAAAUGGUGCCGUUUGCUGGAUGGAGCAUGCCCAUUCAGUAUAAAGAUUCAAUCAUGGAUUCUACUGUGAAUUGUAGGGAGAAUGGUAGCCUCUUUGAUGUCUCCCACAUGUGUGGGCUGAGCCUUAAGGGGAAGGACUGUGUUCCGUUCCUCGAAAAGCUUGUCAUUGCUGAUGUUGCUGGGCUUGCUCACGGAACUGGGACCUUAACUGUGUUUACAAAUGAGAAGGGAGGAGCAAUUGAUGAUUCUGUUAUCACAAAAGUGAAAGAUGAUCACAUCUAUCUGGUUGUGAAUGCUGGAUGUAGAGAUAAAGAU